GACUUCGUGCGAGCGGAGCUGAAUGGAGGCAGCCUCUUCCUGGUGGAUAAACAGUGACAGCUACAGGGCAGCCACCUAGACCCACCACACAGGCUCUGGCGCUGCCCUGGCAAACAACACCAAAAUGGCUUCAGACAGUACACACAUCGCGCAGUUGACUUCUGAACUGUACUUCCUAAUAGCCCGAUUUCUAGAAGCUGGACCGUGUCAGAAAGCAGCCGAGACCCUGAUAAGGGAGGUGGAGGAGAAGGAGCUGCUGCCCAGAAGGCUGGACUGGACCGGGCUGGAGCACCCCGGGACGUACGAAAAUUUGGUGAAACUGUACCGACAUGUCAGUGCAGACCACCUGUUGCAGGUCUGCUCCAGAGUUUGUCCGCUGCUGGAGAGGGAGGUCCCCGCCAGCGUGCCUGGACUCACGAGCCUGCUGGGGGCCGGCAGGCAGAAUCUCCUCCGCACCACAAAGAGUUGCAAGCAUGUUGUGUGGAAGGGCUCAGCGCUGGCUGCGCUGCACUGUGGGCGACCACCGGAGCCGCCUAUUAUCUACGGCAGCCCGCCUAAUAUCGUCGAGACGAGCUUCGGGCGCCGGCUGAAUGGCUCCUACCGUCUCCGGCAGCUGGUGCCCACGGCUGUGUACCAGCACAUGAAGAUGCACAAGAGGAUUCUGGGACACCUGUCGUCCGUGUACUGCGUCACCUUCGACAGGACGGGACGACGCAUCUUCACGGGCUCAGACGACUGCCUCGUUAAGAUCUGGGGAACAGAUGAUGGGCGGCUACUGGCGACCCUACGUGGCCAUGCCGCUGAGAUCUCAGACAUGGCCGUCAGCUACGAGAACACCAUGAUCGCUGCCGGCUCCUGUGACAAGACUAUCAGAGUGUGGUGCUUACAGACCUGCGCCCCUUUGGCCGUCCUGGAGGGACACGCAGCCUCCAUCACCUCACUGCAGUUUUCUCCCCUCUGUAGCGGCUCCAAGCGCUACCUGUCCUCCACCGGAGCUGACGGCACCAUCUGCUUCUGGCAGUGGGAUGCGCGCACGCUCAAGUUCGGUCAGAGGCCCAGUAAGUUCACGGAGCGUUCCAGACCUGGCGUCCAGAUGAUCUGCUCGUCCUUCAGCGCAGGUGGUAUGUUCCUGGCAACAGGAAGCACGGAUCACAUCAUCCGGGUGUAUUACUUCGGGUCAGGCCAACCAGAGAAGAUCUCCGAGCUUGAGUCCCAUACGGACAAAGUUGACAGCAUCCAAUUUUCACAUUGCAGUGACAGGUUCGUAAGUGGGAGCAGAGAUGGUACAGCGCGAAUCUGGCAGCUGCAGCCUCAGGGCUGGAGGAGCAUUCUGCUGGACAUGCAGACCAAAUUACCCGGAAAGUACAACCCCCCACCGCUGGAGGACAAGGUGACCAAGCUGAAGGUUACCAUGGUAGCAUGGGACCGCCACGACGGCACGGUGAUCACGGCGGCCAACAAUCUCACGCUGAAGGUGUGGAACUCAACGACCGGCAACCUCGUCCACGUCCUCAUGGGUCACGAGGACGAGGUGUUUGUUCUGGAGCCACACCCCUUCGAUCCAAGAAUCCUUUUCUCAGCGGGUCAUGACGGGAAUUGCAUCGUGUGGGACCUGGCGAGAGGAGUGAAGAUCCGCUCGUAUUUCAACAUGAUUGAGGGCCAAGGGCACGGAGCAUUGUUUGACUGCAAAUGUAGUCCAGAUGGGCAGCACUUUGCCGCCACCGACUCCCACGGACACCUGCUCAUCUUUGGCUUCGGCUCCAGCAGCAAGUACGACAAGAUAGCGGACCAGAUGUUCUUCCACACUGACUACCGGCCACUGAUCCGGGAUGCCAACAACUACGUGCUGGACGAGCAGACUCAGCAGGCGCCGCACCUGAUGCCCCCACCCUUCCUGGUGGAUGUGGACGGGAACCCUCACCCCCCGAGAUACCAGCGGCUGGUGCCUGGCAGGGAGGGCUGCAGGGAUGAGCAGCUGAUCCCGCAGAUGGGGGUCACUUCCUCAGGCCUUAACCAAGUGGUGAGCGAGCAGGCGGUGGACGGCUCCAGUCCUCUGGAUACUAUGAUUCAGAGGCUGCAGCAGGAACAGGACCAAAGACUGGGAACCAAUGAGACCAGGGCCAGCAGAGGAUCGGUCGGUUCGCCCACAGAGGUCCACUCUCCGCCCAACGUGGGUCUGCGUCGCAGCGGGCAGAUCGAGGGCGUCCGCCAGAUGCACAGCAACGCCCCGCGCAGCCAGAUGGCCACGGAGGGCGACCUGGUGGCCUGGAGCCGCAGGGUGCUGGUCCCUGAGCUGGAGGACGCCUCCGUCAGGAGACAGGUGAACUGGCGUGAGGCUAAAGGGGAGGAGGAGAUCAAUAUUUAUCAGUCAGAAAGGAGGAGACGCACCAUCCACUCACUCCCCAAGGAGAGCAGGGUCCACCUGACGUCGGAGUGUGUCGUCGACGAGGCGAGGAGGAGCCAGGGUAACCACGGCUAUCAAACUCGCGCCGCCAUGGAGGAGACGAGCCGCCAGAGCGCCGAGGCUGCCGAUGACGACGAAAGCAUCUCGGAGGGAGAGGUGGAGGUGCGGCAAAUCAACGGCCAUUCCUCAGAGGAGGAGAAGGAGGAGGAGGAAAAGGAGCCCUGGCCAGACGACCACAGCAGUUCAAGCGACUACUCCAGCGAUUAUUCCGACUGGACAGCAGAUGCAGGGAUCAACCUUGAACCACCCAAGAAAAGUGUAAAGGUAAAAAAGAAAAGCAGAGGCUCCGAAGAGGAUGAGGAGAAGAAGAGGGACGGGAAGAAGGAGCGAAAGAAAGAGAAAGCAGACAAAGACGGCGCGUUACCAAAGAAGAAGCAGCCAAAGGAGAAGAGGAAGAGGACAGAGCUGCAGGAGCAAGGGCUCACUCUGGAGGAGUGGCUUCCCUCCGCCUGGAUCACAGACACGGUCCCCCGCAGAUGUCCUUACAUACCCCAGAUGGGAGACGAGGUGUACUACUUCAGACAGGGCCAUGAAGCCUACGUGGAGAUGGCCAAACAGAAAAAGAUUUACAGCAUCAAUCCUAAGAAGCAGCCCUGGCACAAGAUGGAGCUCCGGGAGCAGGAAUUGAUGAAGAUAGUUGGCAUCAAGUACGAGGUCGGCCUGCCCACGCUGUGCUGUCUGAAGCUUUCCUUUCUGGACCCCGACACCGGAAAACUGACCGGAGGAUCCUUCUCUAUGAAAUACCACGACAUGCCUGAUGUCAUCGACUUCCUGGUGCUGCGGCAGCAGUUUGACAAUGCCAGAAAGAGACAGUGGGCUAUAGGUGACAGGUUUCGGUCAGUGAUUGACGACGCCUGGUGGUUUGGGACCAUUGAGAGCCAGGAGCCCUACCAGUCUCAGUACCCCGACAGCCUGUUUCAGUGCUACAACGUCUGCUGGGACAAUGGAGACACGGAGAAGAUGAGUCCUUGGGAUAUGGAGCCCAUCCCCGAUGAUGGUUCUCGUUCGAUUGCUCCUUGUGCAGCCACGUUCCCGGAGGAGUUGGGCAUGAGCGUCCCGCUGGUGGAGGCAGAGCAGAAGGAGCUGCUGUACGUCCCGUUGGAAGGCGAGUGGGGCUGCCGCACACGCGCAGAAGAGUGCGACCGCAUCAUCAAAGCCAUCGACCAGCUCUGCACACUCGAUGUCGCGGCGCCAUUUUCCUUUCCGGUGGACCUACAAGCUUACCCCACGUACUGCACAGUAGUGGCCUACGUCACUGACCUCAGCACCAUACGCCAAAGGCUGGUGAACCGCUUCUACAGACGACUGUCCUCUCUGAUGUGGGAGGUUCGUUACAUUGAACACAACACCCAGACGUUCAAUGAGCCCGGAUCGUUCAUCGUCACGACGGCCAAGUUCGUCUCUGACCUCAUUCUGCAAUUCGUUAAGGACCAAAGUCUGACAGACAUCAUGCCGCUCUACAGGACGAUGAAGAAGGCUACCUUCUCUGACUCUGAAGAUGAGGAGGAGGAGGAAGAGGAUGACGAAGAUACUAACACUCCUGGAACAUCCACACGAAAACACAAGGGUCGUCAGCCCAUGCGGCGGCAACUGCGAACCCGUCCCCCUUCGUACGACCCUCAGGCGUGGAGGGCGCGCUGUAAGGAGCUGCUGGAUCUCAUCUUUCAGUGUGAAGACUCGGAGCCCUUCAGAGAACCUGUGGACCUGCAGGAAUACCCGGACUACCUGCAAAUAGUCGAGUCGCCAAUGGACUUUGGCACCGUUCUCAACACGCUAACAGAAGGAAAGUACCAGUCGCCCAUUGAGCUCUGUAAAGACGUCCGGCUCAUUUUCAGCAAUUCCAAAGCUUACACGCCCAGCAAAAAGUCUCGGAUCUACAGCAUGAGUCUGAGGCUCUCCGCACUCUUCGAGGAGCACGUCAGCUCCAUCCUGGCCGACUACAAGGCCAUCCACGGCCUGACCGACAGACUGACCAGACAGGGCACCGACAGACAAACGCGACACACUACGGACAGGCAGACGCGGCACGCAAUGAAGAGGAGGAGGAGGAGGAGCGAAUCUCCGACCAGCAGCACCGCGUCCAGCCCAGAGAGGAAGAGACGUGUAUCAUCGAGGGUGACCGGAAAAAGAGAGCCGUCACCACCGGCUCCUUCGCGACCCUCUCUGAGACAGAGCGCCCCCCCGAAACAGCCGCCUCAGCUGGUGAACGGGAAGGCAGACACGGCAGCUGCAGGGCGCACACGAAGUGCGGCACGCCAUUCUACGCACACUCCACCCUCCUCUUCUUCCUCGCAUAACGCCACGAGCAACACACAGGGCACAGCAGAGUCUACUCGCUCACUGAGGGCUCACAACUCUGUGUCGGCUUCAACACCACCAGCUCCUGAAAAGGUGACGCCCUCCCCAGCCACGGAAAGUAGCGGCGGAGGAAGCACCCGCAGGAAACUCAGAACUCCUGUUCGACACACACCUGGCUCUCCCGUUAGCCCUUCAUCUCCAAGCACAGUCCACUUGAAUGGCCACAGUAGUCAUGUGACCGUCGGCGUGGGGAGGAGGGGACGGAAAUCCCGGGCGGAUGCGCCAGUGAGUCCUCCAGAAGCCGCGACUCCAGGGAGCCCCUCCAGACCCCGGGGCCGCCCUCCCGGCAAGAAGAGAGGCAGGAAGAGCAAGCAGGAGCUGGAGGAGAUGAGAAGGAGCAGCAACCGCAGGAGCUCCACCCCCGACGAUGACCUCGACCAGUCGACGGGAGACGAAGGCGGGACGUCGUCCGCGCAGGAAACAUCCGUGUUGUCGGACUCUGGCACUGCGUCGACGCCCAGACGGCGCGGCCGGCCCCGAGCGGUAAAAACUGAUGAAGACGCUCCUCGCGCAGAGUCACCGGAGCCACCCGAGCCCUCGCCACUGAGGAGGAGCAGCAGGAGAACCAACGAGGAGGUGACGCCUCCACCUCAAGCUCAAGCUCCUCAGCGAUCCAGUCGGAGGGAGGCUCUGAAGGAAGAGGCAGGGGACGGUGACGGUGACGGGGACGGGGAAGGAGGGUCGAUGCGCACACGCAACCAGGGGCGACGGUCCGCCUGGUACAUGGAGGAGGACUCUGAGGAGGAGCAGAGGCAGCUGCUGUUUGAGGACUCAUCAAUCACCUUCGGCACCUCCUCAAAGGGACGCGUCCGCAAGCUGACAGAAAAGGCCAAAGCCAAUCUGAUAGGCUGGUAACAGAGACCACAGAGCAGACACACAGGAUGUGAGGAGGAGGCUGGCUCCUCUGACAGAAGAGAAAUCUGCCGGAGAUUUCUGAGCUCAUGUGAUGGAGGAGCGGGGGGGGAACUUGUGCUUGGUGUUGUAUGCGUUUGGUGUGCGCGUAUGUGUGUGUGCGUCCGGGGGAGCCGCUCGUCCAGCUGCUGCUAUUUAAAGCUGCAGCCGUCGGGGAGACACAACAGCGCACUUAUCUGUCCACUCCUCCUCCUUCUCGGCCAAGCGAGCACAUCGUUUAUGGCGGCUGACGGCUUUCUGAUGAAGCAUGUUCAUUUGUUCCUCCGACGUUAUUGGUCCAUGUUGGAUCCCACAGGAGGUCACGGACUCCUACGCUGGUGGUCUCGUGACUCCCUCCUGUCCAGUGAACCACUUUUCACCUCCGUCUGACCUUAAACACUGUUGCUGUCAGACUGGGCAAAACAGUUUUAGUACUUGAACAAACCCAGAGCGGAGAUGGAUGUAUCUUAUCUCACGCUUGCUAUUUUUGAGGACUUUUUCAAGAGUCUCUGCUGGCUCGGUCAAAGACGCCCACUGAGCUGAAAUUGUUAGGUCCGUGACGGAUUGCAGACCGCUGGCCUGACAAGGUCUUUCGCCACCCCUCUUCUUCAUUGUCCCCGCUCUUUUUUUAUACGAACCCCUUCUCUGCUUUUUCUAAGAUUUGUACGUGAUGAUCGGCUCUCUGUUUUCCGAAGUCUUACACAUUGGCUGACCUGAGCGUGUCCGUCUGCGCUAAAAUACCAAAUGGUGUACCUUUUGUUGGUACUGUAGAUCUGUAGGUUUUGUUUACUGUGUGUGUGUGUGUGUGUGUGUGUGGGGGGGUUGUUUUUUUUGUUUUUUGUUUUGCAUGUUCAUUAGAAAGAAAAAAAGCAUCUCUUUCCUUUUUCUAGAAGCUGUUUUUACUGUGAGGAGGACAAAAAGGAUGCAUGGGUGAAAGGGGUUCAUUUACAUGUCUAGAUCGAUCAUGUUUCAACACGUCCUCAACAUUAGCAAUACCUUGUGCCUUUAUGUCUUUGGUGAGAGUGUGUGUGUGUGCGCGCGUGUUUGUGUGUGCUUGGCCUCUGCCCUGCAAAGUUCACGUGCCUGUAUGCGUACGGACUCGGUUUUUUGUGACGAUUUUGCGAGUGUGUGCGAGUGAAGGAGCGUGUGUUUUUAAUAACGCAGUCGAGUGUGUCGUUCACUUUCAGCGUACAAACAGUGGCAUACAGUUUGAUCGUUGUGAAAACCUCUCAAAGAAAUGUAUUUAUAGGCGUUGAGGAAAAAAAAAAAAAAGAAGACUUUACUGUUGUUGUAAAACCAUUAUUCAUGUCGAUAUAUUAUCCUAUAACCAACCUAUUGUCAGUUUAUACCUAAGGUACAGCCAGGGGAGCUCUGGGUGACUAGCUUUGAGAUGCACUUACCACAGACCGGUUAUCAAUGCAGUCGUAGGGAGUUAACCCUUUGUAUUUUAAAAAAAAAAAAUUGUUAACAUAUACAAAAAAAAACUUUUUAAAUGUUGAUAUGUUUCUAUGGUGACCACACACACGCACACACAAUUCUGUGUCUCGCGCGUCCUGGCGCUCGUCCCGGGGCGAACGGGACCGAGCCAGAUCAAACUGGAUCGGACUGAGAGAGACGCGUCUUAUAUUCAUCUUUCUGAUUGUGUGCCUUUGCUACUCUGGCAUAUUGAAUCCUCGGUUUUCUGCUUUUUGGGGCCUUUCUUUUUGUUUUUUGUUUUUUUGUUGUUGGACUUCCUGCUUGUCGUUUGGUUCAGAGAACUGGACCAGGACUUGGACUGGACCUGACAGGCUCGUGAACGAGAGAAAAGUCGGAACUGGAGACAAACUCGUUACGUCACUCUCUGUCCGCACACACGCAACUACUGGAGCAAGUUCUGCAACGAUGAAGGCUUCCACUUUAAUCCUGUUCUUUUCUGUUUUCACCCCCAGCACAAAGCAACUGGAUGCCAAAAACAGCCACUUGUGUCAUCGGUGUCACUGGGGAGAACUGGACAGUAGCAUCUAUAUGCACCCGAUUCAUUUCAUAGAUCCUUCUGUCACGUAUUCUUGAACAUAUAUCUCAUCUGUUUAUCGUCGUUUUGUUGCUCUGUUAUGGAUUUGUCAAUGCCAAAUUCUGUCUUUGGGCACUGAAGUUUUUAGACCAUGGCUUUUUGAAUGUGUUUUUAUUUUACUGUCUCCGCAGUGAAUGCGUUGAGCUCACGUACAUAUAAUGUGUCAGUUGUUUUUCCUGUCUGUGUCUCCUGCCACACAGGACGAUAUUUCGAUGGCUAGAUCUGUGCAGUUCGAGUGGGGAAUACAAUUAACAACUUCUGUUUUUCUUUUUUUUUUUGUCUUAUAUUUACUCCACAAAAGAUAUGUUUAUAUUGUGUAUAUGAAGAGUUUUAUUCCAGAUUGAGACAGACUGAAACACUGACACCUUCCUCCACACGACUGUUGGCAUGAAAAUAACUAGUACUAUUUUGUAUUAAAGGAUAGGAAGCGAAAAUGAUCUUUGGCCGCAGAAAUAUGCGUUUUGUGUACAAAGAAACUCUUCAUAGGCACAUUAAGGUUUUGGAAUUUUUUUUUUUCCUUAUCUCGAUCACAAAUAAUCAUAUUUACUUAUGCACAGAUUAUCAUGAGUGAGGAAGCAAAAUUUUAGAGCCAGCGUUCUUGAAAACGUAAAGAAUGAGCUCAGUUAUACACAUUAUGUUUACAUGAGACGACUAAGACAGACAUUGCUCGAGAAUCCCAAGAUGUUCGCCGGACUUCGGUGUGGGUGUAUCUACAGCUGCAGCGAUGAGCCGAUAAACUGAUUAGUGGGUUGAGAGAAAAUGAAUCACAGACUAUUUCUGUAAUCGAUUUAUCGUUUCAGUUAUUUUCAAGCAAAAAUGUCAAACAUUUGUUGGUUCCAGCUUCUUAAAUGUCAGGACGCUUUUCUUUUUCGUUUAUGAAAGUAAAUGACAACAGCGGUGGAAACUGACACUUUGCAACACCGGGAAAAUUAAAGUUCAGUUGUUAGGUCCUCAACUGAUGCCGAUGGAAAGUGAAUGUGGCCGAAGUUUCGUGGUCCACAAAACGUUUCUGGAGCUUUACAGGUAGUACAGGAUAGCACAGCAUUUUCUGAAAAACUGAAGUAGACGGAGACUUGCUGCAAAACAUAACCGAGUAAAAUGGUUCCAUACAGUUUGUCUGAUGUAAUCCGAGCCUCCGGUCGCCCUGAGAUCCUAAAAAUGAUUUGAAAAGACGAUAUUUACACCCUUGGUGCUCAACCGAGCUUGUGCACCUACUUCAGAUGGGGCGUGUGCUAAGUCUAUUAGCUUAACAGCUAAGGUGAAGUAAAUAACGUCAUCUCGAAUCAAUUUGGGUUCCACUGAUAUGGAUCAUGUCAGAUGAACUGUAUGGAGCCACUUUAUGUUUUUUUUUUUUUAUUCAAGAAACUUUAUUGUCUGUAACAUAGUGACAGGAAAAAUACCUUCAGUUAAGGCUUGACUCGCGUAAAAUCACAACAGUUGUCGUAUAGUUUUACGUUUUAAAACAAAUCUCUGGCUCCUUCAGUUGGUCAGGAAAACGCUGCAACUCUGUUUUGCUGCGAAGCUCCAGAAAUUUUUUUUGUGGACUUCAAAACUUCAUCCGACUUUCCUUUUGGCGUUGGGAGAUGAUGACUGAGUUUUUAUUUUUAUUUUUGGGGGGUGAACUUAGCCUUUAAUCGAUACUGAAAAUAAUCAUUCGACGCAGCUGUAGAUGCAUCCACUUUGAAUCUGGAUCAAGCCCGUCAACAGCAGCCAUUAUAAUCCCAUUAAGAGAGGAAUGGGUGGAUUUCCCCAUUGAGAGUUGGAAUGCGGCCGUCAUAUUAAAGUAAACAUUGACCGUGUUGGUUCUGCUGUUGCUCCUUCUUCACCAGAUCACCCACAUCCCCCCCCCGACCCGCCUGUAUCUCUCAAAAAUGUCAAAGUGAAAGAGCUGAUGUAGCACUGCUGGUCAGGUUAUCUCAACCAUCUUCGUAAUAAUAAUAAAAAAACAAACAAACACUUGUAAUCAUGUCAGAGGGGCCUUAAAAGCAAAUCACUAGGUUCAUGCGUAAGAAUUGGUUUUAUUCAUUCAUAUCACUCGUGGACCUCAUUCGGUUUUUCGGACACAUUUGUAUUGAAAAGUUCUGAAUUUCUUGGCCCAGCAGCUCAGAUCGGCCCUCUUACUUUACGUUACCCUCGCUGCAUGCUGGAGCUCAUGUACACAUACAUCUACCACGGGCCUGAGCUGGAGUGUGGCAGAGUUGUGCUGUUCGUCAUCAUCACAGUGUUUGGUCGUCGGGGGGUUAAAGGUCACUGUGUGUGUGUGUGUGAGCGGCUGCAUUGACAGGGAGGUUUUUAAGUUUAAAGGGGGCCUGUGGGGAUGGUAAAGAACGGGGGGGGGGGGGGGCCUCGUCUCACACGAACCGAUUGAAGAGGAUGUCUUUGUUAGUUUGGAUACUUUUUAUAUAUAAAAGGAAUUAAUGCAAAAAAGAAGCAUAAAGGCUAGAAUGUAUGUGUAGGGGAGUACUGCUGUCCUGUUAGUUCAUACCAAUAUUUUAAGUAAAUAAACAGUUGUGUUUCCAUA